AGGAUAAUAAAAUCAUCAGAAUAUGAAUACAUAUUGCAAACACGUAAUAGCUAUUUAUAGUUUUCUAUUGAGAUAAUUCAGAGGAUUGGUUGGACUCCACCGCGCGAGUAUUAUCUCAAAAGGCAAUUUAAUUACUUCAUUUCUGACAACAGGUUUUUGUGUCAAUCUACUGCAAUGCUUUUGGUUUUCGGUCGAUCGUGAUUUGAUUACUAGUUAGCGAAAUGGGUGUAAAUAAUCAUGAAGAACUCCUGUUAAACGUUUUUGAUGAGGCGUUUCAUUACACCAUUGAAAAAUGAGUGAAAGAAAAUUUGCCAAGGGCUUGACUAAGCCAGGGACUGCAGCACAGUUGAGGGAAACUGUCUCGCAAGUUGUACGAGAAAGCACUGUACAAAACAAACCUCACCUUGUUGAACCUUUAGACUUUGAGUCAUUUGUAAUAAAGAACAAGACUGUAUUGCAAAAUGACCCACAGAGAGAAUUGUUGCUUUUCCCUUCAGAUGACAUCUCACAAAUUAUUGUGCCAAGGAAAUGUCGCACACUGCAGCCAACAAUACCACAUAGCAGUGAAACUGAAAACUGUAGUUUGUUCACAAAACAGUGUAUCAACACUUAUUCUACCAAUUGGAACUUGAUCCAUUACAAAUACAGUGCAUACUCAGGUAGUUAUGCUGAAAUGCCAUUGAAACCAGAAGAACAUAAACUGCAAGAAGAAGUUUAUGAACUUGACAUUGAUGCAGAUGCAAUUGAUGAUUUGAAGGCAAAAUUGGAUAACAUCACAAAGGAGGGUUUUUUGCUGAAGGGGCCAGAAAUAGGGAGUGAGAGAUCUUUUGUAAACAUCGGCUCAAAGAGUUUCAAACGUAGAUACUGCUAUUUGAGGCAGGAAGUAGAUGGCACCUACAUUUUAGAGAUGUAUAAAGAUGAAAAGAAAGGAGAAGCUAAAGUAACAAUAGUCAUGGAUUUUUGUACUGAUGUAGUUAAGAAUCUAAAACGUGGAAGAUUUUGUUUUGAACUCAGAAUGGCGUCAGGUCACAAAUCUUACUUAUUAGCUGCCGAAAAUGAGGCUGAUUUUAAAGACUGGCUGAGCAAAUUGAGCUCAGUACUUCAACAAAACAAAAUUCAAGAGGAAAAACGAGCAGCAUCUUUAGAAAGAGAUCGCAUGUCACCGCCACCCCCGCCAACCCCCGCAUCUACUCCUUUCGGCACCUUAAAAGGACUAGAGCAGAGCAUGAACCCACAACUGAUGCGCUACGCUAGAGAAACGGAUGCUAGCGUUGCCGCGGCGCGCGCUGACGGCAGGCAUCGAAUCUUUGAACUGUGGCCACCAGUUGCCGCUGCGAUUGCGGCCCCAAAACACGGACAAGGGGCGGCAACCGCUACGGAUCAGGUGGAGCCGUACAAGGAGGUGUUCGGGUAUAGGGUGUAUCUCAAGUGCGAGAGUAUCCGGAUGAAGCUGCAAGUAGUCGACGAGAGGGAGAACCUAUGCCAAGUAGAGCCGUACCACACAACACUGUGCCUAUUUGAUGCCAAAAACGGUAGAAAGCUGACUGAAAACUUGUAUUUUGACGUAAAUAGCUCUAGCAUAAGAAGUACCUUCAACACAACCAUCGUUACCUGGGACCCAAACAAACUCGCGCUUCCAUCCAACUUACCCUCCGAAUGGCUGUUAUACCCUAGACAGGCAAUUCUUAGCAUUACCAAUCCCCAUCCAGAUAUUUUUCUAGUCGUUAGGAUAGAAAAAGUGCUGCAAGGUGGCAUAUGCCAGAGUUCGGAGCCAUACGUGAAAGCUAACAAAGAUCCGAAGAUCAGUCAGAAGAUCUAUAAGAAUAUAGCCGCUUGCUGUCAAAGACUGGGGAAAUACAGGAUGCCUUUCGCGUGGACUGCCAGACCAAUUUUUAGACUUUAUAGUAAUGAACUAGAUACAACAUCGGAUUUUCACGCUUUGUAUAGACAAGAGCCAAAUAAGUUGACAGACGAAGAGAUGUUGAAGCUACUCUCCGACUAUAGAAAACCAGAUAAGUUUAAUAAAUUCACUGUGAUUCCAGGAUCUUUAGAGAUAAAAGUAACUGCUUUUAACGAACUACCUCCAAACUCCCUAACAACGUCUUUGGCUCCCUUGAAGCCCUUCCCUAUCCCUCCCACAGCUGAACCAACAGUAGAAGUAACGGAAUUUGAAGGGUUAUCUGAGAAAGAUAUCAAUCCUUACACCACUUUUACCAAUCAUCUUUACGUUUAUCCACUGUUAUUGAACUUCGAUUCUCAAAAGAAUUUUACUCGAGCCAGAAACAUUGCUUGUGUAGUUGAACUUAGGGAUUCGGAUAAUGAAGAAGCAAAAGGACUUCAGUGUAUAUAUGGCCGACCUGGCCAAUCCCCUCUAGUCUCUCAGAUGUCCUGCGCUGUUUUGCAUCAUAACACGAUACCAAUGUGGUAUGAAGAAGUGAAAAUUCGAUUGCCAACAAACAUUCUACAAACGCACCACUUGUUAUUUACGUUUUACCAUAUUUCCUGUGAUAUCACUAAGAAGAGAGAAAAUGGGAUAGAGAAUUGUGUAGGAUAUGCGUGGUUGCCUUUAUUACAAAAAGGCAAACUGAAUGUUGAAACACAAAUGAUAUCUGUAGCGUCACAUUUGCCACCAGGAUAUUUGUCUGUUACCCCCUUUGGUCUUGGUAAAGGAGUGAGUAGCAUCUUUUAUCAGAACGCUGGCCCUGAAAUAGCUUGGAUAGACAGCCAGAAGCCAAUUUUUACGAUAGCUUUGAAUCUAGUGUCAACAAUAAACACAAAAGACCAACAUUUGUAUAAUCUUUUUGUACACGCGGAGAAAUUGUUAGACACCAAGCCUUCAGUAGUUCCAGCAGAAAGUGAGACUUGCAAGAUACUGAAAGCCCUACAUGCCAUCCAUCUUACUACGCUUAUUACUUUUUUACCGACGUUGUUCAACCAACUGUUCACUCUUUUGGUUGUGACUAAUAGCGAAGAAAUUGGUCUAAAUAUAAUAAGGGUUCUUAUAAAUCUAGUAAAUAUGCUAUAUGAAGCCAAUCGUAGAGAUAUACUACAAUCGUAUGUAAAGUACGUGUUUGUCAUUCCCGAGACAAAGAAAAACCGCACGGUGCAUGAGGAAAUGUGCAAGCAUUUACCUGUAAUUUUGCAUCCUAAUAACACCGAUUUUCUCGUCGUCAACAAAUUUAUGCAUCAUUCUGAUUUUUUCUUUGAUAUCAUUAUCAAAAGUAUGGCGCAGUUUUUAUUGACAACAGGAAGAAUAAAGAUGCACAGACACGAACGAUUUAGCUCAGAUUAUUUAGAAAAAGUGGACCAUUUGAUACAAGUUUUGAUACCAUAUGUCUUAAAUAAGUACAAAGAAAUGCCUUUAGAAACUAAAGAGCUUAAUAAAAGUCUGGCACAUUUUUUGAAGAAAUGCUUGUCGCUAGUAGACCGAGGCUUUGUAUUCAAACUGAUAAAUUCCUAUAUGGACAAAUUCAACCCUGGCGAUCCCAGGGUGUUACAAGAGUACAAAUUUAACUUCCUAGAAAUCGUUUGUAACCACGAGCACUACGUUUCUAUCAACUUGCCAAUACAGCAUAAUAAACUAAGUCCUAGAAAUAGAUCUCCUGAUCAUUCUCAAGAAUUCACAUUGUCUGAAGAAUUCUGCAAGCACCAUUUCAUCGUUGGACUGUUAUUGCAAGAGAUAAAGACGUCUUUGAACGAAGUCACGCAUAUCAGAAAGAUCGCCUUAAAUACCUUGAGGAAUCUCAUCGCCAAGCAUGAAAUGGAUGAUAGAUAUAAGAGAAAAGGUCAAAUGAGCCGAAUAGCACUACUGUAUCUACCGUGGCUGAGCAUAGUACUCGAAAAUUUGAACAGGCUAGACGUAAAAUGCAGUGAAGAAGAAGAAGGCGAUGGAACCGAUAAUCUCAUAAAUAGAAUGUCGUCAAGUAGUUCGUAUCUGUUUGGCAAGAGUUCAGCAGUUAGUGAUAGUACACCGAGAAGUCACAGAUUUACGUUGCACUUAGACAAAGACAGUCCGAUGCAUUUUAGGAACUCUGCGUUCUAUGAGGCGAUUGCGGGACAAUCUCUCGUAAAUGGGAACUCCAUGAGCAUAGAUUCAGACAUAUCAGCAAUCUCUGGCGAUGCACAAUCGACAAUAUCACAAGAUACAACCAUAGUGAAAGAGGACGGUCUCAAAAAUGGUGAAGUGAAAACUCAUACAAGAACUACGUCACACAUUCAGCGGUACGAUAAGUUACAUCAGCAAGAAGCCAAAGACAUCCUACUGGCCUUCCUAUUCGUCGUUAAAUAUGUCAGCGAAGACCAACUCAUAAUGUGGUGGCAGCAUUACAACGAAUCUGAUGUACUAAACUUUUUCCUGGUACUCGAAAUGUGCCUUCAUUGCUUCAAAUAUACGGGUAAACGUAACGUGAGUGUUUUGAGGAUGGGAGAGGGGGACAGUGCUAAGGUAAAGGCCAAAAAGGCGCAUACUUUGCCUGCAAGGAUGAACCCUUCGGAAAUUAACCAUGAACCCACUAGUACGUUAGUCAUUCAUACUACCAGGGAGAAUUUGGUCGCCUCAGAAAAUGAAGUACACAAAAAACAACAAGCAAUCUUGGAACAACAUCUCGCGAAAGAAGUAGGUCUGAUUACGCUAGACUGCAUGGGUUUGUACUGCAUGCACUUCAGGAAAAAUCUGCUAAACUCUGAUGGCGACAAUGAUAUCAUGAAAAAAAUGUUCGACCUCUAUCUCACUUUUAUACAAAUUGGACAGAGCGAAAAUUUGUUCAAACAUGUGUUCGCCGCCUUGAGGUCUUUUAUCAACAAUUACUCUGUCGUAUUAUUCCAAGGCAAUGCUGUGCUUUGUGGAAGGCUGUGCUACGAGCUACUGAAGUGCUGCAAUAGCAGAUUGCCAUCGAUCCGUCAAGAAUCGUGUGCAAUACUGUACUUGUUGAUGAGGAGUAAUUUUGAGUUUACUGGCCGCAAAGGAUUGACUAGGGUGCAUCUGCAAGUGAUCAUAUCCGUGUCGCAGAUGCUUGGUAACAUUGUUGGACUGAACAACGCCAGAUUUCAGGAGAGUUUGUCUUUGAUCAAUAGCUAUGCGUCGAGUGAUAAGGUUAUGAAGGGUACUGGUUUUCCUGGUGAAGUAAAGGACCUCACAAAGCGAGUAAGGACGGUGCUCAUGGCGACCAUUCAAAUGAAGGAGCAUCAUCAUGAUCCCGAAAUGUUGGUUGAUUUACAGCAUAGCUUAGCAAAUUCGUAUGCUUCGACGCCUGAAUUGAGGCAUACAUGGCUAGAAACGAUGACUAGAAAUCACGUCAGAGAUGGAAACUUCUCAGAGGCUGCAUGCUGUCAAUUGCACAUCGCCGCCUUGAUGUCAGAGUACCUGAAACUAAAAAAUGUGCAAAACUGGGGCGCCGAAGCUUUUGAAAAAAUCUCUUCGAAUAUUCCGAAGGACGAAAAAGGUCUGAAACUCGACAUUGGGGUCCAAGAUGUACAGUACACUGAAUAUAUUCUUUUGGAGCAACUCGAAUCAUGUGCUGGAUUUUUAGAUAAGGCCGAAAGAUAUGAAGUGAUAGGUGAAUUGUACAAAUUAAUAGUUCCAAUAUACGAGAGAAAACGAGAGUAUGAAAUGCUGCAAAAAUGUUACCAGACGCUGGCUCAAAAUUACGGGAAGGUGGUGGAUGUAAAUAAAAGCGGUAAAAGGCUGUUGGGAAGGUACUAUAGAAUUGGCUUUUACGGACAAGCCUAUUUUGAGGAAGAAAACGGUGUCGAGUAUAUUUAUAAAGAACCAAAGGUGACGUCGCUGAGUGAGAUUUCCGAGAGAUUGUACAAGCAGUAUUGUGAUAAGUUUGGCGAGGAUGUAGUCAAGAUGAUCCAAGACUCGAUUCCGGUUAACCAAAACGAGUUGGAUCAAAAGCUGGCAUACAUACAAGUUACCCAUGUAAUACCAUAUUUUGAGAAAAACGAGUUGGAAGCCCGAUUGAAUGAUUUCGAACAAAACCACGAUAUAAACUGUUUCAUGUUCGAGACUCCAUUUACGAAAGAUGGAAAAGUCAGAGGGAAUCCUGAAGAGCAGUGGAAGCGAAGGACAAUUUUAACUACCUCAUAUUCGUUUCCCUACGCAAAAAAACGCAUAGUCGUCCAGUCCCGUUCCACAAUCGAAUUGGCCCCAAUAGAAGUGGCCAUCGACGAAAUGCGGUCCCGAGUAGGCGAACUCGAAGAGACGGUGUUUUCGAAACGACCGGUGGAUGCCAAACGGCUGCAGUUACUACUGCAGGGCAGCGUCUGCGUGCAGGUGAAUGCGGGGCCGUUAGCGUACGCGCAUGCGUUCUUGGAUCCGGUACUUAGCGGGAUGUAUCCGGACGAGAAGGUGGAAGAGCUCAAGGACGUGUACAGAGAGUUCCUCAAGAUAUGCUAUUCAGCGCUGCAGGUAAAUGGCAAGCUGAUAGCCUCCGACCAACAAGAAUACCAAGAAGUACUCCGUCAGAACUAUAAGAAGCUCUGUUCGAACCUUUCCAGUUUGUUCGGUGAACCGCUAUGGCCGCACGACGAGACUGGCAGUUUUGACAGAAACAGCACUGGUUUGUUUAGCGCUGUCAUCGGGGCCAGUCAGAACUCUAGUACGGCUUAGAUAGACUAAGAACGUAAGAAUAGCAGAAUGUUUGUAUUUGGAUGUAAAGGCAGCAUUAAAGAAGUAUCACUUACUCCUACUACUCAAUGCAGGGCUCGUGGGCUUUUUUUGUUUGCAUUUAUAUAAUAAAACUGACUUGAUGUUCUUACCGUAAACAAAAUAAUUAAUAGCUUUGAGGUAGAUAUAAUCACCUUAAUGGUUGACGCCUAACGGCCAUGGCAAUAUUGAAGUGUCGCCACUACAUCCAUGUGCAAAUAUCUCAAGACCUGUUUAUUAUGAAAAAGAGUAACACUUUUUUGACAACCUUCGUACUUUUGGUCACUACAGCUUUGAAUAUGUUUCUUUAGACGCUUUUAAACUUAAUUUGAGUAAAAAAUGUGGAACUAUUGAAUAUGAACAUGCGUCAAUGCCGACUACCAGCACCAGUAAUCGAGCUACUUGCUGUUUUGGUAUUUGCAUGCUAAACUACUGUCUCUAGAAUGUAGCCAUCACCUAAAAGAGAUAUGGGUAAUUCUUGACGACCAAUAAUAUUGGAGAUCGUUUUGUUGAGACUUUGAAGCAACUUGAAUAUUUGUUGUUUGCUUUAAGCAAAAGAUUGUAAAAUUAGAUUUUACAUAAAGUAUAGCAUUUAGAAUAUGUUUUCUAUUAUGUCUCAGCUAUCUUGUUUGAAGUUAAUCAAGAAGUCUCAAGAACUGCCUCCUAGUGAAGUCAUAUUGUGGAGACUGUUUCAAUAAAAUGUGAAAGACUUAGGUAGUGCCUCAGAAAGUCAAUUAAACUAUCGUUGUGCUUUUGUUAUGCAGAUUUUACUGUAAAAAUUUAAUUCGUAUUAUAUUGCAAAAUAAUAGCGCACAUACAUUUCACUGAAAUGACCUCAAAUCUAUACUAUAGUAGUUUUGAAGAAUGGAUCCCGUCACAGGGUAUUUUAACACUUUUUGAUAUAUUUAUAUAUGAACGACUUUUAAGACUGAUGGUUGCAUAUGUGUUUUUGAUUCAGUAUUUCAAUGUGACUAUAAAUUAAGAGUAUUCUCAUUUCCUCAAGAUAUCAUUCAUUGGUUAUCAUCAUGCUGCAAUUUCAUGUUGCUGUGCUAUUAGUCGUAUAUCUAGCCCAGAAAUGUGAUUAUACUGGUUAUGCAAUGCUUAUCCUAGAAUGUAAUGUAGUUAGCUUCUUUUUUAGACAGCAAACAAGUUUUUGUCUUGCUUAUCAAGCAAAGCCUGUCCUAUUUACAAAUUUUACUUCCUUGCUUUCCGUCUCUGUGAACAUAAGCAACGGUAUACAAUGUUGUAUUAUGUUCUUUAGCAAUCAUCAGUACAUUAUAGGUCUAGUUAUGUCGAAGCAGAUAAUGGGAAUCAGAUAGGCAGAUAUGAAAAACAGAGUUGCGCGAGUAGGUGAUACUGCCACUAAUGGGUAGUUCCCCAGACGCGGUACUACCGACCCCUACGUCGACAACGGAAACUACAGUUGCCCGGCGUCUCUGUAUGACAGUCCGCUUCGAUGAAACAGACAAGUGUAUCCCAUCACACAGACGAGUAGUUCCUACUCGUAGAUGGCAGUGUCACCUCUUCAAGCAAUAUAACAUCGUUUUUAAGUAGACCUAUAUUCGUUUAUUUGCUUUCCGUUCUCUGUCUAGACUAGACCUAUACCGUUAUGAUUAUUGCUAAAAUGCAUUAAACAACAAUUGGUUAUGGUCACAGAGACUGGGAGCAAACGGAUCCUAUUCAGCCCGUGUUUGCUUUAUACAACUUUUGCAUAGCAGGUCAAAAGAUAUAGCAUGGUGAACACGUAGUGCUCCCCUGAUUGACGAGACUGUAAUUUCCUGCUACCGAUGUGGGGUUCGAUGGUACCGCGUUUGGCGAACUACUCAUAGAUGGCAAUGUCUCCUCCUCGCGAACCUAAAUUUGUCGAUUUUAUGUGUAAAAGCAGGCCUAGUAUACACAAUCCAAAUGAAUGAGAAUAUUUGGAAUUGCUGGGUAGGCGAAAAUGUGUCAAAUACAGAUACAAACUCAGAGUAAAUUUCCCUUUUUAACAUGGUAUAAAAUCAAAAUUAAAAGUGUUGCGAUGAUUUUAAUCAUAAAUUUUGAAAGUACAGGGAUGCGUCCAUCCUGCUCAUAGCGCUCCUCCAAUGAUGCUCUCAAAUGUUGGAAUGUCCGCUGACACAUUUCAAUAGGAAUGUUGUUAAUUGCCUGUCGAAUGUUGUCUUUUAACUGCUUAGUGGCUGGAGGGAUCGGUGUAGACGAUAUUCUUUAAAUAUCCCCACAAAAAAAAUUGAGGGGAAUAAGAUCUGUAAGAAGUUUUGAAGAGUUGGAGUCAAAAAUUGCUGAAGCAUUGCAGUAUACUUUUGGCUUGGCACAGUUACAGAGCGGCCCCAGGCAUCUUAAAAAAAAUAGGACCCAAUUAUUCUAGUAGCCGACAUGGGACACAAAACUGUUACCUUCUUGGAAUGCAGUUGUUUUUGAUGCUUUUCUUUUGGAUUGUUGUCACACCAGUACCGACAGUUCUGUUUGUUUACGUAGCCCUCCACCUCCGCUGAAUAGAAUGUGGUCCAAGCCUCCUUCAUCCCAAAACAUAUUCAUCAUUGUCUCACAAGAAUUUUUUCGGAUUUCGUAGUCCGUAGGAUUUAAAUUGAAUUUUGUACGCAUGAAACUGUAUUUGGUUAAAAUCCGUUGAACACUUGAGCGAUGAAUAUGCAAUUCCUGGACAUGUUUUCGGAUUGAGCGCCUGGGAUUGCUAUUCGUAGCACGGCGCACAAUCUGAAUGUUCUCUGGCGUUCUGAUGGACUUCUGUUUCCCUGGGCGCCACUGUACCUGUUUGUCGAAAUAUUUUAACGCAGGAUUUCACAAAAAAUUUCGACGGAGCAUCACGUACACGCCGAAUACUGUAACGGUUGCAAAAAACUCGGCGUGCCGCGCCGUAGGAAUCGUUAGAUUUAAAAAACGGCUCGACCAUAAACGCACGUUGCCCGUUCAACUCCUGCUCCAUGUUUACUGACAAUCCGCUUCGAAGUCGCCGCAAAUUACCAGCUCUACUUCCCCCACCACUGUUAAGGCAGUUGUACAGGGAGCGUUCGGAAAGGGAAAUUUAAUCGGGAGUCACCCAGUAUUUGUGAAGUUACUUUUAUGGUAUCAGCUUGUUGUUUAUCAUGAUGAUAUUAUUGAGAUAUGUAUCUGCAUAACAAUCGCACUGCUUUCUUUACACUCUUGGAUCCCGUGGAACAGUUAACGUGUAUCACUUGGUACUUUUCAUAUAUUAUACAUAAAAGUUUACAUUCAACGACUCUUAAGAGUUCUACGAUGGUCCAUGGUUUCUCCCAGAUAUUAUUUGUAACUCAUCCUAGUGUCUACACUCUGACACUAUGUGCUCUACUUUGUUAUGUAUGUUCAUAAUCGUGUUAUAUAAUUCAUAUCUUCAUCAUUCAUCUAUUUGUGGAAUUAUAAAUUCGGUGUUAUGAGUUCAUAUAUAAUGGUCUAGUUGAAUUAUCAUGUAGCUGGUUAAUGAAAAGUAUGAUUCUAAAGAAAAUACGUUAUCUCACAUCUUGGAACACCUACACUGUUAUGUAUACACGAUCUCCGGUGACGCGUCAAUCACGAGGCGAAGGGCUCUGCAUCGGAUCAUCAUUUGGAAAAAAGCGAGCCGCUAGCGCCUCGCAGGAGAUCAUCAAUGGAUACCAGUACUAGUAAAAUUUUGUACAUGCUUACAAAAUCCUGUCACGACUGUGGAAGCUCAAUUUUUUUAGUGAAAAGAUAUUCUCGAAGUAUUUAUUUACCUUCAUAGCAUACCUUUUAUUUUAUGGGAUUGCACAACAUAGUUCAAACAUAUUUAUUUUAGGCAACAUGUAUAACAUGCUUUUUGAAUACUACUAGAUAUUUGUAUUUUAUGAAGGUAUAGGCAGAAUUGAAAAACAAGUGCCCUACUUUUCAAUACCUCUGUAGUUUAGUUUAUUGACCAAGACGAUGAGUUGGUGGUCAAAGAAACAGCUUCAGGAUGAAGUUUUAGCGCGAUUUCUGUUACUUUCGUACAGUGGCGUAUGCUGAUCACGUUCUGGACAAAUUUGUCAAUUUCAAGGUGAACUAUUUAUUAAUUCAUCCCAAAAUUUGCACUGCAGUAGGUAAUUGGCAUGUUUCUAAGUUGGGACUUGGGGAUGCUUUGGAACUGAAGGAUAUCGACAUUCGGUUUUAAUAUAUUAACAGUGAUGAAGUAUUUGUUAGGGCUCUAAGGCCCGAUUUUUCUAAGCCGGAGCGCAAAUUCCACUAAUUAGAAGACAACUUUGAAGCAACGGAUCUAAUGCAUAUGGUCGAUUUCUUCUAAGAUGUCUCUCCAAAUAGAGAAAAAUUAUACGAUUUGUCUAAGAUGGGCCUCUAAUUCCCAUAUUAAGUCAAGA